AUGCCAUCAACUAUUCUGGUUACAGGUGCGAAUUCAUUUAUUGGUGGGUGGAUUGUGAAAUAUCUUCUUGAAAAAGGAUACAACGUUCGUGGAACAGUUCGAUCCCAAGCCAAAGAAUCGCAAGUUCUCGAUGGUAUUUCCCAGGAUGAUCGAAGUCGAAUUUCAUUUGUAUACGUGAAUGAUAUCACUACCGAUUCAUUCGAUGAAGCUGUUCAAGGAGUUGAUGGCAUCAUUCACGUUGCCUCACCAUAUCAUUUUAAAGUUACGGAUCCGGAAAAAGAUUUACUUCUACCAGCAAUCCGUGGAACUGUGCGAAUUCUACAGGAUGCUCAUCAAUACAACAAAAACAAUCAAAACAAGAUUAAACGAGUCGUGAUUACAUCGUCAUUCGCUUCAGUUAUCGAUCCAAGUAAAGGACUUCGGCCAGGCUACUCUUAUACCGAAAAAGAUUGGUCUCCAUUAACUUAUGAACAAGGUGUUGCAGCAAAAGAUGAUCCAUUUACAGCCUAUCGCGUAUCUAAAGUAUGUGCUGAACGUGCUGUAUGGGAGUUUAUUGACAAAGAAAAACCUUCAUUUACAAUUGCGACUAUAUGCGAACCGAUGGUAUUUGGCCCACGUGUUGGUGGUUUUAACUCACCCGAUGAUUUAAAUACUUCUAACACGUUAGUAUGGUCACUAGUUACAAGUGGUAAAGAUACUAAAGUGCCAGAAACACAUGCACCACUGGAAGUUGACGUCAGAGAUGUAGCUUAUACACAUAUAGCAGCUUUAGAGCGAUCGAUAGACACAAACGAACGUUAUCUAAUAGCAGCAGGAAGCUGGAGUUUUCAAGAAAUAGCUGACAUUGUUCACGAAAGUAGCGUUAUUCCGAAAGCUAUCAAGGAUAUAACACCAAUUGGUACAAAAGGUCAACAGCAACCAGAUCAUUUUACCAUCGAUAGUUCUAAAGCACAAAAGGAAUUAGGUGUUACAUACAUUCCUUUUAAAAAGACGAUGGAAGAUUUAAUUUUGCAAUUAGCAGAAUUACAGAAGAAAUUGUGA